ACUAGCAGCUGCCGGUCAAAAGCAGCAAGGCUACAAUAAUUGCUUCUUUCCGUCUCCGGAAGCUCGUGUUAUUAAAACCCCAAACCUAUCCUUUGCUUAGCAUUGUAAACUUCCCCCCGGGCGUUGGCUUCCCUCCCUCCUCACUACUCCCUUGCUGCAAAUGUCACAAAUCCAUGCAAAAUCUCCCAAACACUGUGCUAAUAAGCAAGGAUUUGCAGUUGACAAAUUGAAGUUCAACAAAAAGCUCUUCUACACCUUCUCCACAUUCCUGCUCUCUCUUUCAGCGCUCAUCUUCCUCGUCUGGCUCGUUCUGCAUCCCUCCAAACCUCAAUUUUCACUCAAAGAAGCUGAUAUCUAUCAACUAAACCUCUCAGGUCCACACCUUCUCAACUCUUCCAUUCAAGCUACUUUACUGUCCAACAAUCCCAACAAAAAAGUUGGUAUUUACUACGAUAUUCUACAAGUGUAUGCAUCCUACAAGGGCCAACAAAUCACUCUGGAUACUUCUCUUCCACCGUUCUAUCAAGCGCAUGAAGAGAGCAACCUCCUUUCAGCGUCUUUGGUCGGGAAUGGACUACCUGUGGCUCCUUCUUUUGGCUAUGAGGUAGGACGCGACCAAUCUGCUGGGAAUCUGCUACUGAAUCUCAAGGCAAAUGGCCGUCUCCGGUGGAGGGUUGGAACUUGGGUUUCCGGAAGGUAUCGUUUCAACGUAAAUUGUAUAGCCAUCAUGCCUUUUGGUCCCUCCUUGCCAACUGGCCCUCUCAGCACAAAGCAAGGAACUCAGUGUUCUAUCACCCUCUGAACAAGGACUGCAUAUCUAUCAAGCCUGCUGCCUGCCUACUCUGUAAAGUUUUCCUUUUCAAGCUCAUAUGGAAUCGACUACGUCAUCUAUUACUGGGAAGCACAAUGAGCAUCCUCGUGCCCGACUCUUUUAACUUUUCUUGCUUCAAGUUUUGGUUUGCAUUUUGUAAGUAAAUAGCUUUGAAGUAUUUGUGGAUAUAAUUGCUUGUUACGAAUUAAGUGUGACAUGAAGCAAAAGUAAGAAUUGAUAAAUAAUAGUCCCACUAUUCAGUUAUGUA